AUGGCAGAAACAAAGUUGAGUUUCUUCAAAGACCGAAGCUGGUCGCUCCAUGGCAUGACAGCUCUAGUUACCGGAGGCACCCGAGGCAUUGGUCACGCAAUAGCAGAAGAGUUGGUAGAAUUUGGGGCAACAGUGCAUAUAUGUGCCCGUAAACAACAAGAUAUUGAUAAAUGUUUGGAAGAAUGGAAUAGCAAAGGAUUUCGCAUAACAGGGUCGGUGUGCGAUGUACUAUCUCGAGAUCAACGUGAAAAUUUAAUGACAAAUGUUUCUUCCAUCUUUCAUGGAAAGCUCAACAUUCUGAUAAACAAUGCUGGAACAGCUUCAACUAAGAGCCUCCUAGAUUACACUGCAGAAGAUGUAGCAACGAUAAUGGGUACAAAUUUUGAGUCAUGUUUCCACCUCUGUCAACUAGCGCACCCGCUUCUGAAAGCAUCUGGCUACGGGAACAUAGUAUUCAUAUCCUCAAUUUCUGGCCUGAAAGCUUUUCCUAUUUGUUCUGCUUAUGCAGCCUCUAAAGGAGCUUUGAAUCAAUUCACCAAGAAUAUAGCAUUGGAAUGGGCAAAGGAUAAUAUCCGUGCAAAUACUGUGGCACCUGGACUCGUUAAGACCCAACUUUUGGAUUCUCUAAUGGAUUCUUCUGAAGUGGAGAAGAAUGUGGAGGUUCUGCUGUCUCAAUCACCAGUUGGUCGCAUUGGAGAACCAAGGGACAUAUCAGCAAUGGUGGCUUUCCUUUGCCUUCCAGCUGCUUCAUACAUCACUGGCCAGAUUAUAACAGUGGAUGGGGGAUCCAUAAUUUAA